GCUAACGUAACCAACCCAGCACCAGGCGGAAUCCUUUCUUUGGUUAACGCUUUCCCCGUCUGCCUAGGUACCUACUUAGGUAAUUAACAACCUUAAGCAGCUUCAAUUCUUUUUUACUUCUACAUUCGAAGUUCUCUAGCUUGUCGCAACCUUCAAAACACCAAUCAUGGAUUUAGGAGAAGCAGGCGAUUCACCCUGGGGCGAUGUCCCAUCUCAGUCGACCUCAACCCCUACUUUUAGCCAAGAGGACAGCUCGAUCAAAUCCCAAGAUGCCGAAUCCUCUCAACAAUCGCAAUCCAUCAAGUCACCGGUCGGGCGUGGCCCGAGAGGACCGAUACGUCGUCUAGUAGCCCAGCCGACAAAACUCGAGGCAGCCGAUGAUCCGCUUGGUCCUUUAGGUCCUCUCGGAGCCAAUGCCACUCCUGGUGCAGAUGCGCAAGCUGACGAACCGCCCGUUCCGCCGCAGAAGGAACAGAUGGUAAUUCGAACGACCAUGCCGCAGCCCGCGCAAAAGCGAACAGGACCCUCGGAUCCCCAUCGCAUCGACGACGACGACUUCGAUCGACCUCUUGGCCCAAGAGCUCCUCCACCUGUCCAGGCUGCACAACCUAGCCCGGUGAGAGUCGCUGGCCAGCCGAGCGUCAGCAUCGAGAAGGCAGCCAAGCCCAGUUUUCAAAUUACUGUUGGUGACCCGCACAAGGUUGGGGACUUAACAAGUUCGCAUAUUGUUUAUUCUGUCCGCACAAAGACGACAUCGAAGGGGUACAAGCAGCCCGAGUUCGAGGUUAAGCGAAGAUACCGUGAUUUUCUAUGGCUUUAUAACACAAUGCAUGGAAAUAAUCCUGGCGUAGUAGUUCCUCCGCCCCCCGAGAAACAAGCCCUCAACCGUUUCGAGAGUAAUUUCGUCGAGUCUCGUCGGGCGGCACUAGAAAAGAUGUUGAACAAGAUCGCCGCUCAUCCGACACUCCAACAUGACCCCGACUUGAAAUUGUUUUUGGAAAGCGAAUCAUUCAACGUUGAUGUCAAACACAAGGAAAGGAGGGAGCCUAUACCAGGAGAGAGUAAAGGUGUUCUAAGUAGUUUCGGCAUUAACGUCGGAGGUAGCAGCAAAUUUGUUGAACAAGAUGAUUGGUUCCAUGACAGACGUGUUUAUCUGGAUGCUCUAGAAAAUCAACUCAAGGCUUUGAUGAAGUCUAUGGAUAUCAUGGUCAAUCAGCGGAAGGCUAUGGCAGAAGCGGCUGGAGAAUUUUCCGCCUCGCUUCACGCUCUAUCGACUGUGGAACUAAGUCCCACGCUUUCUGGACCGCUAGAUGCCUUAUCAGAUCUACAACUCACCAUAAGAGACGUAUACGACCGACAAGCUCAGCAAGAUGUGCUCACCUUUGGCAUUACAAUCGAUGAAUACAUCCGGCUGAUCGGCAGUGUUAAGCAGGCGUUUUCUCAACGACAAAAGGCGUUCCAUUCAUGGCACAGUGCCGAGUCGGAGAUGCAGAAGCGCAAGGCCUCUCAGGAUAAACUACUCCGACAGGGCAGAUCCCAGGAGGACCGACUUAACCAGGUGGGCGCCGAGGUAGCCGAUGCCGAGCGCAAGGUGCAUCAAGCCAGGUUACUAUUUGACGACAUGGGAAGAUUGAUGCGCUCUGAACUCGACCGCUUCGAGAGGGAGAAGGUCGAGGAUUUCAAGUCUUCAGUCGAGACAUUCUUAGAGAGUGCUGUCGAGGCGCAGAAAGAGUUGAUCGAGAAAUGGGAAACAUUCCUGAUGCAAUUGGAUGCCGAGGACGACGAGACCGUGUUCUACCGUCCUCCCGUGUUUCAAAGCAGCGAUAAAUCUACGGGCCGCGGAGAUACCGCAGUAGAUCGAGCCAGGGCUACCAUCGAUGACGACUCGGACUAGACCUAAUAUUUUUGUAGUACCGACACUUAGUUAUGGUGUUAUACUUGAUAUCCUUUAUACAACACAGAUGGCAAGUGUAGUAUUGAUGUUCCGUGUCAAGGUGUAUACAUAGGUAUUUAUACAUGUGUUGUGGGAGUAGAU